AUGCCACGUCGAAAUUACAAUGAGGACGAAGUUGAAGAGUCGACAUUUACAGAAGAUUAUCGCUCAGUAUUGAAAGAGAAGCACAUGACAGCAGGCACAGCUCGAUUAGCAGCACAUAAUAAAACGAGAGUAGCUUACUUUCAUGACGAAGGAGCAGGCAAUUAUCACUACGGAGAAAGACACCCAAUGAAACCUCAUCGUUUAACAUUAACAAACCACUUGGUGUUAAACUAUGGAUUACACAAUAAAAUGGAGAUAUUUCAACCUAGAAGAGCGACAGACGACGAGAUAUUAAACUUUCAUUCAUCUGAUUAUGUGGACUUUUUAAAAAGCGUCACACCGGACAAUGUCGAUAAAUAUGAGAAACUCUUUCAACAAUUCAACGUGGGCGAUGACUGUCCCAUAUUCGACGGUAUAUACGAUUUUUGUCAACGAUAUGCAGGUGCAACUAUCGAGGCUUCACGUAAGCUUAUUGCCAAUGGCGCCGAUAUAUGUAUUAAUUGGUCUGGUGGACUUCAUCACGCUAAAAAAAGUGAGGCCAGUGGAUUUUGUUAUGUCAAUGAUAUCGUACUUGGUACAUUAGAACUUUUGAGAUACUUUCCUCGCGUACUUUAUGUAGAUAUCGAUAUUCAUCAUGGGGAUGGUGUUCAGGAAGCAUUUUAUUCGACUGACCGCGUCAUGACUGUAUCCUUUCACAAGUAUAAUGGAGAUUUUUUUCCAGGCACCGGUCAUAUUGACGAAGUAGGAUCUUCACUGGGAAAAUACUAUUCAGUAAACGUGCCAUUACGAGACGGUAUUGACGAUGAUGCCUACGUUUGGUUAUUUAAAGAAGUAAUUGAUGCAGUGAUUGGAACAUUUCAACCUUCGGCUAUUGUUUUACAAUGUGGUGCAGAUUCAUUAGGAUGUGAUCGACUUGGUUGUUUCAAUUUGAGUAUCCGUGCUCACGGUAGAUGUGUGCAGAUUAUUAAGAAUUUCAACAUUCCUUUAUUAGUGGUGGGUGGUGGUGGUUAUACAGUUCGAAAUGUCGCCCGAUGCUGGACAUACGAGACAUCAGUGCUUGUAGAUACCGAAUUAAGUCCAAAUUUGCCUCCUAACGAAUACCGUGAAUUUUUCAAACCAGACUAUAAAUUACAUCCAGAUUUAAAGGGACGUGUGGAAAACCAAAAUGACAGAACCUAUCUUUUAAAAGUAAGAGAACGUGUGAUGGAACAAUUAAGAUAUUUAGAUGCUGCUCCCAGUAUUCAAAUGCAAGAGAUACCACCAGAUAUACAAGGAUUCUUGGAUGGAGAACAGGAACAAAGAGAGGCAGAAGAGGAUUCAGAAAGAGGAAAAGACAGAAGAAACACAAAUGGGAGAGUCGCUUCAGAAGCAGAAUGGUUUGACAAUGAUCAAGACAAUGAAGGUGAAGCCCACGAUUCUUCUUGGAAUAGCCGUCAAAUGGAUUUAGAUGAUUAA